CGCAUCACAAGAGGCUUGCAGCACCUUCAGUUGGUUGACGCCAUUCGACGGGAGUGAUAUUAUUUCGAUUAUUUCCUAGAUUCUCAUCGUUCUCAGUUUGCAGUUUGCAGAAUGUUCCGAAACAAGUGAUUAAUAAAACAUUGAGUUUCAGAUGAUACAUUGUUUCAUUAUCUACUGAUCAUUCAACAUGGAAACGUCGUCUAAAACUCUAGUCAUAACCAAAGAAGGCUUCCGAGCAAUUCUACAACCAACUGCCCAAGGUAUUCAAGCGGCUAUUCUGAAUUCAUCGAUUUCUCGUUGCUUUCGGGUUCAGCACGUUCCAGUUGUGGUCAGUCAUCCAUACAAUCCACUUGAUUUAGCACGAAAAGAUGGCGCUCAUUGGAAUCCGUCCCAUAUUCAAUUGCUAUCCGUUGGCAAUUCCUCCGUAUUGUUCAUCGGACGGAGCGGUCUAGUUGGAGGAGGAGGCGGGCAUAGUUGUUCAAAGUGCGUUGCAUACUACUGCGAUCGGUGCCACUUCACGUGCCCCAAUAGAAAAUGCUACGAUUACUGCGGUCAUCGAAGCAAUCACAAUUGUGCAUCCAGGGAAGCCGCUCAACGCCGUGAGCAGGAAGAACGCGAAAGGAGAAGACGAAUUGCGAUAGAGGAACGCGAACGCCAGGAGAGAUUACAACGCGAACGAAGAGCUGCGGAAGCGCAACGGCAGGAGCAGGCUCGACUAGCGCGAGAACGACAGGAACGGCAGAAACAAGAAGAGGAGCGACAGGAACGGUUGCGGCUGCAGCGUGAACAAGAGCAAAGGGAAAGGAAACGACAAGAACAAAUUGCUCAGGAAAGAAGGGAAAAAGAGCGGCUAGAGCGUGAAGAACGAUUGAGACGAGAAGAGCAGGAACGACAAGAACAAAUCGAACGCGAAAAGAGAGAAAAAGAAGCGAUUAAAUCCAAGUUGCAAGAUGCUUUACAACAAACAACAGCCAUACUUGAUGAAGAACAAGACUAUGUAAGUGAAGAAGAAACGGAAGAGUGCAAAAAUGAGAACGAUCAACAGGAAACGAGAGCUAUUCAUCAGGAAGGCCCGGUCGUGGCCUCAGAGACAGACUACGGUCAAUCGUUUUCACAACUUACAGUUGACGAAACAAGACUGCUAUUCGAAGCUUUAGAUAUAAGCGACACGACAUCAAAGAAGUUUUCUGACCGAAACUAUAAUAAUGAACAAACUUCAGAAGAAUGGUACAAACAAGUUGAAAUAAUGGAAUCAAGUCGUUCCAAGCUGAUUGAAAUGCUUCUGACGAGAUUACAGAAGAACUUGUCAAACGAUUUCAAUCGACUAGUGAAGUAUGCCAUAGAUAAAGAAAAAAGUCGUAAAAACAAUGCCGAGGUUUUUGAAAAAGAUGAUCCGAUUUCCAAAAAACAAAUUGACCGCCAAGCUCGCAGAACUUAUAAAAAACAAUUACGCAGAGAACGCCGACAUCAGCUGAUCGCACAAACAGUCAAACACAAAGCAUUUUUACAGCUAUCGAAAGCUGUCAGAAGAAAUUUGAGCAAGGUGAGAACGAGCCUGCUGCAACAACUUGUGGAGUUUGUAUACAGAGGAGGCAAACUACAGACUCGUGUUAUAAAACGGUUUCCAGUGGUUAGAUGGAUUGAGCAGAGCUUGAUGUUCGAACUUAUAGCCUAUCCAAAUGGAGAAAUAGAUGCCGUAUUGCUUAACGUCUUUACAAAUCUUUGGAUGAGAAUCCGAGAGUUGUUUGAAAACCAUGAUCGUCGAAAACUUCUUUAUGCACUACGAACGGAACAACUGACUCGUGAGCUAACAUUGUCGCACAUAAAUGACGUCUUGGGUAUGGUGACUCAAGCUCAGUUCGUUGGAUUAGACAUUGUAUGUAAGAGAGAGACGUUUUGGUACCAGAAUCUGAAAAGAUGCUGGAUCAAAUGUAAAAUUUCUCAACAAGGUAAUGCAGAAACUUAUAAUGAGUUGGUAGAACUACUUGUGAACUUACCCUGGAACAGUUUGAUGACACAGCAGUUUCUAAAUAUCAUCGCAGGUGAGCGAAACCAGCUAUCGUUGUGCGACUUUCUGUACAAGGUCAGAAAUGAAAAUGUAUGUCACCCCAUAGUAAUGGGCAUAAUCACUAAUAAUCUAGGGCAUGAUGUAACCAUUUGGACUAAUGACCUCAAGUAUCAUAUUUUGAUACAGGAAAUAUUCAAAUUAUCGCCUGCCGUUGCCCGCCAUGUAGACUCAAAGCUAGGAAAAAUUUUAAGAAAAGACUCCGCCAAAAUUCACAAUUUUCUUAUAUUAAAUAAGAACAUUCUAGGACCGAAUAUGACCAUUUUUGCUACCAUUUUAGAGAAUGUUCUAACCUAUCAAACAACAUCGGACGUUUGGGAUGAAAUUGGAAAAAUUAUAAAUACGGAAAAGAACCCAGAUAAGUGGGCUUCAAAAGUUGACAAUUAUAUAGUUUCGUCAAUUUUCGGUAAAAGCCAUGAGUAUAGUUUAGAAGAAUUAGUUGAUCGUAUUACCGGGUACAAUUCAACGAACGUAGAUCGAAAUGAAGUAAUGGAAGCAUAUAUGUCAGUUCAAACCGCAUACAAUGCUUCAGUAAAGCCGUUUAUAAGCUUCGACAAAAGCCUUCAAAAUACUCCUAUUUCCAAAUAUAAAUCCCAGCAAAUACAGUAUUGGGCUGCAUUUGUCAAAUCAAACUCUGGUAACGUAAAACUGGAAGAAAAAAUAGCGAUGGUGAUACGUGCUGUCGAACUUUGUCAUGGAUUUAAGCCUAGAGAUUCACAAAUUUUGUCAUUGCUGUUGCUUUUGUCGACCAACGAAGACCAUGGAAGACUCGCUCAAAUCAACACCGGUGAGGGUAAGUCGAUCAUCGUGGCAAUGUUGGCUGUAAUUCAUGCACUGAAAGAUGUCAAGGUCGAUAUCGUUACGACAUCCACUGAGUUGUCCAUUCCUGAAGUAAAAAAGCAACGACCGUUUUUUGAAAUGUUCAAACUUACGGUGGACGAAAACAGUCCGGAUAAAGAUAAGAAAAUGGUCUACAGAUGUGACGUUGUCUACGGGACAGCUUCCGAUUUCCAAGGAGAUAUAUUGCGAACGGAAUUUCUAGGGAACGAUUGCCGAGCAAACCGUAACCAUCAAGUUAUCAUUGUAGACGAAGUGGACAGCAUGUUGUUCGACAGUCGUACUCAUAGCGUUCGUCUAUCAGAUGAGAAUCCCGGCAUGACUCAUUUGGAAGUGCCCUUGGCUGUCAUUUGGCAACACAUUCAUAACAUCAAUGCCCAUAUGAUAGAGCACAAUGGUAAGGUUUAUUUUAUAACCGAAGACUUCGAAGUAAAUGGAAAUCAGAUCAAGUUGUACUCUGGAGAACCUUGGCAAUCUGUGAGCACCGAAGUACACGAUAAGAAAGAGUUCAUUACAAAACAUACUGAAGAUCAUUUACGAAAGUUACUGCGUAAGCUGACGGUUGAUGAACAGAAGGAAUACCAAGACUAUCAAGCAUUGAAUCUACAAAUAAUGAAUAAAGCAGAACAGCAAUCACAAGCUAACGAUGACGAAAACAUGAAAGCCGAAUGUGAAAAGAUGCGCGCAGAUCUAGUCAAGCUGCCGUGGAACAAUCGGGAUCCAGUCGUAGAUAUUCCUAAACAUCUAAGAACCUUUGCUUUGAACCAGAUUUCUGUUUGGGUGAAGAAUGCAAUACUAGCCAGCUGGGUAUACAAGAAAGAUGCCCACUACACUGUGAUGAAUGAUAAAAUUAUUCCGGUCAACUUCAACGAGACAGGAGAUCUUCAGACAAACAUGAUUUGGAGUGAUGGAUUGACGCAGUUUCUGCAGUUGAAAGAAGGCCUUCGAAUGGACCCGGAAGGUAUAUCAACCAACUUUAUCUCAAAUGUGAGUUUUUUUCAACGAUACGGUUGCAACAUUUACGGCUUGACGGGAACUCUCGGAGAACAAUCGACGCAAGAUUUUUUGCAAACUAUGUACGGUACAGAUAUGAUCGUGAUCCCGCCAUACAAAACAACGUAUAUUGCAAACAACGAACUGUCAGGGUACCGCUGCAAGGAACUUGCUCCUUUGGUUCUAUCUAAUGUCAAACUAUGGUACCAGAGUGUAAAAGAAAAUGCUCUGUACCAUGCACAGAAUAAUCGAGCAGUUCUUGUCAUAUGCAAGUUCAUCACUCAAACUCGUAACCUGGCCAAUAUGUUGAAGAAAGUGUACGAUCCCAAUAAAAUUUUCAUUUAUACGGGGGAGGAAACCCAAUUUGAAAAGAACACUGUCGAUUCGGGAGAAAUCAUUGUGGCUACAAACAUUGCAGGCCGAGGAACCGAUUUCAAGACAUCGAAAAAGGUAGAGAAAUACGGAGGAAUGUGUGUAUUAGUCACUUUUCUGCCAGAGAGCUUUCGUGUUGAAAUGCAAAACGUUGGUCGAACAGCUCGCGAAGGAAAACGCGGAAUGGCACAGUUAAUUACAUACGAUGAGGGCAAUUCAUCGAUGGAGAUACUGAAGAAGCUGAGACAAAAGCACGAGGUUGAAGCUACCACCACAGCAAUUAACGACGCCAAGAAGAUGCUCAUUCAAGACUGUUUGUUCAGUAAAUUCUGCUUGCUGGAGAGCGAGUUAUUGCCUGGCAUGGAUGAUACGAGGAAAAUGCACACAUUAGAUCUACUCAAAGAAGGAUGGAUCGAUUACUCAGCAAAUCGGCUAAAUCCUCGGAAAAUUGAAGAAAAGGCGAAGAUAUGGUCAGAAAAGAGUCAUGAAGAAUUUGUUACUGCUGCUUUGAAAAGUCUUACAGAAACUCAACGGUCUAAACUAACACAAAAGGAUAUGGAUGAUUUGCGAUCUGAUGCGACUCUAAAGGUGACUAACGAGUUGCCUGGCUUCAAGAAACGUUACAUUCAAAACGUCUGGAACCAGUACUGUUCCAACCAAUCGUCUUUGGUCAAACCGGAUGAUCUUACCACCUUUAGAAGUGGACAAAAGUUUUAUCCGAAGUGCAGCGAGUUGGCUUUACGGUAUGGCUGGGGUACAUUUGAAAGAAAAGCUCUGGAAGAAUCUUGGGGUCUUUGGUUGAAAAGCAAACACUUUGAGGAUGACCAGAUAUCAGCUGAGGAAGCAACAGCCAUUUUCAGAAAUGAAUUUGAAGAUACAACCCAACAACGUGGUCAGUUGGACAAACUUGUGCGAAAUCCAUUCUUCUACGUUCUCAAGGGAAAUGAAUAUAUCGAUUCUCGUCAUUACGACAACGCAAUCAAGUGCUAUGAUAGAGCAAUUUCCCUGGAUCCCGCAUUUUCGGUGAAUGCUCGUUAUUGCAAAGCACAGGGUCUUCUUUCUUAUUCAGAAAAUCGAGGCGAUAAACAAAACGAAGCGCUGAUGGAACUGAGAAAAGCCGAAGAUCUCAUCAAAUCCGUGUACCGUCCAAAUCUGCUCACUUUCAACACAUUGAUAGGUCAAAAUAAAUGCCUAGAACAAACAUGCCAGCACGUACAGCAUCAGCUCGAUAUUCUAAGCCAGCAAGAAGAAUACAUUCGACAAGCUUGUGAAGUUAUUGAAACGGCCCAAAAGAACAACAACAACGUCAAACUUACCCUGAAGAACCUGUACGACGUAUUCUCCGAGGCAAAAGAAGACCACGGUAAAGCUAUUCGUGAAGCAUACGGCAAUGGGCUGAAGAAUCUUUUUACAGUCGAAGAAAAACUCCCAACACCAUGGGGUAGCAUUAUCGCAUUGGCGCUGAUAGGCAUCGCACAAAUUGCCGUCGGCUGUCUGAUAGUGAUGUAUACCGGAGGAUCUAUGGGUACGGGACUGAUUGUUGAAGGAGUAUCUGAUCUAAUCACGGCCACAACUGCAGCUAUCAAAGGAACGUUCAGUUGGGCAGCCUGGGCAACUCAGAAAGUGGUGAGCAUUGCCGUGUCAAUUGUUUGCUCUGGUAUUGCAUCCAUCAAGCAAACGGUAAAGGAAGCCGGAAAUCUGGGAGUGGGGACCAUCAGACAAGCUGGGAAGACUAUGAUUAAAAAUUUGAAAUCCGGCCUCCGCGAUGUGUCAAGAACGUUUUACGAUAUAGGCAAAGGAGUUGUAACGCCACAAGGUGGUGUAGGUUUAGCCAUAAAGGAGGUCGGGUUAGCAUUGGGAAAAGGCGUCGUUAAAGAGUGCUUGGAUGAGGCCGGAAAAUAUUGCACUGACCAUUUAUUUAUGAACCAAUUGGAGGAAGAAAUCACUGCAAUCGUUAGUGAUGUACUGAUAAGAGCACUUUCGAUGAAUGCCUUGGUAGUUAAAGCUCUAGAAGAAGAUGAGCGCACUGGAAGCAGUUACUGGAAAAAACUAUUCACAAAAGAAGGAAUGAAACUGCUCAAAGAUAAAGAGAUCAACAAAUGUGUUGAAAUGUUCAAGAACAUUGCAAAAGGUGUCGCAGCUGGUUCAAUCCCAUUUGCCGGAACAGCCAUGAAUGUCGUCGGAGUAGGCAAAUGUUUGAACGAACUGAACUCGUACACAGAAAACUUCGUCAAAAAGUUUAACAAGGUUGUUAAAUCCUACGAGAAAACCAUCAAUGACCAUGAUGACGAAUCCAGCAAGUCAAAUUCUAGUGCGAAAUCCCAGUCGUUUACUGAGAUAAACCAGAAUCAAGCAAAUGCCCAUAAUAUUGCUCAAGCGCCUGAUAUUGAUUGCGAAAAUUCCGAUAUCUUUGUGAACAAAGUGACGGAAGAUACAGUAUAUAGUUCUAAGACAUCACCACAGACAGAGCUUCGAUCAACGUAUCGAGAAGCUUCAACUCCUAAAACGCUAGCUAAUGCAUUCAAGGGAACAAUCGCUGGCAAAUUAACGGCUUCUAUUCAGGAAAACAUAGUCAGUCCUGCUAUGAGUUAUGUUUCUUCUCGAGUGACCAACGGUCUGUUUGCCAGUAUGGAACAAUCGGUGACAAAUCUGAGAAACGAAAUCAAGACUGAACGAGAUGCCCGCAGCAAAUCGAAUGCCAUGGCAAAUUCUGCUUUGGAAGAGCCGACACAGCAAGACACUCAACAGCUCGGUCCUGAAACUACCAAGAUGAUAGAGGCAAUCUCUAAAGAUGAUCACUUACAUGAUACUACUAGCUUAGCUCUUUCCGCCGGAGCAGUCAAUUCUCCAAUUUACGUGUACGACGAGAAGGGAAACCUGAAGUACAUCGUGGGAAGCAAACUACCUGGCUCACCCAUAAAUAUCAAACAUUUUUCACCAUCUAAGGAUCACCCGGUAGGGCAUUUCAGUCCGUUGGACCCCAACCUCAAAGUGACUCCAUCAGGAACCAAUUCUUGUGCCUUAGAUGCGGUUGUGGCUCAACUUAGCUCUACGCAGAAAGAAGCACUGCAAGUCAAUAAUGCGGAAGAUUUGCGCAAAAAAAUGGUUCAACAAAUCAAAAGUAAUCCCCAUCGAGCCGAACAAAUGUAUGAAAAACGUGCCCAACUGGAAAGGAUUGCUCCGCGUAGAAUUUUCGCUGGCGGUUUGGAAACACAGUAUGUUCCGACGCAAGACAAACGCGUGUUCAAAUUCAACAAAAAAUUUGAAAGCUAUCGACAAGUUCUGGGAGAUAGAAUCAGACGAGAUUCGAAUUCUAUGGAACACGCAAUGACAAACCAAACACAGGAACAUCACUUGAUCCACCAAACAUUGAAGACUCACAAGGCCAUCACCGAGAGUGGCUUCCAUAUUCACGAUCCGAUCAAUGUGAUAGUGUGUCCCAAGAGUGAGGAAAUUCGUCAACAGCUAGGCACAAACCGCUCAGUUCACUGUGGUCGUCAUCCUAAGGAACUAGUUCGUGAACUGAGAGGCAAAUUGGAAGUCGCCUGGAAUCUGCACAAGAAUAAUCGUGUGGCACUGAAAGCUGCCGUUUACGAGAUUGCUUACUCGGAACGAGAACUGGUGCGAUCAGGCGAAAGAUCUUUGCAAAAAUAACCUGAAAUUUCAGCCCAAUUAGAAAAUUCGGCAUGCAUUCGAAGAUAUCAUAGAAGUCUCUAGCUUUUGAAAGAUUUCGGAAGAUUUUUUUCCAACUUAAGCGUAUUCAAGGAUAAAUUCUUGAAAUGUGUUCUGAUUGACGCCUGGCAUCUCAAAAAUGCAGAAAAUCUCCAUGGAACUUACGUUACUCUGCCAAAUUACGGCAGAAUAGUUCGGAAUGUCGUUAAGCAGCGAAAGUACUUUUUUUUUUGUACAAAUUUAAUAUGG